GAAAACUUCUCCACACACUGACGACAGAGAAGCUCAGAGCAGAAUGAGCUCAUGGAAAAGCUGAGAGUGUGGCCCCUGCUGAGACACAUGUCCUCACCAUGAGGGACCGGCUGGAGGAGCUCAGGAACAGAACCAGCCACGAGGACUUGCUGGACUAUGAGCACCACUUGGCCUUCGAUAAUCCUGUCUUCCAUGAUGCUGAGGCGAAUGACAUGGACACCUUCUUCCAGGAGGUUUCCAACCUGUCCCAGGCACUGAAGAAGCUGAAGGCUGUGGCUGAGGGCAUCGAGAGCAAGCAAGAAGAAGUCCUCUGCAGCACGACCGAGGCCAAGAUCUGUGAAGGGAAGACAGAGUUAAGGGUCAUGAAGAACCUGCUGACCUCUGACGCCAAGACCCUGCAGGCCAAGCUCAGCCACAUGAAGAGCAGCCUGGCCCAAGAAGACAAAAACUGGAUGGCGGAGCAUCGGAUCCGGCAAAGUCAAUUUACAGUCUUAGCCAACAGAUUCCGGGACGUGAUGACCCAACAUUACAUCAACGAGACCCGCUACGUGGGGAAAUUGAAGGAGCAGAUAGUGCGUCAGGCGGAGCUGGCCGGCCUGGACCUUCACGAGGAGGCGAUCAACCAGCUGAUCAGCAGCCCCAUGGCUCCGCAGAUUGUCGGCCAUGACCUAGAGAUUCUCAGGGCGAAGCAGCACCUGGCCAUGGCCCAGGAGAGGCACAGGCAGCUGCUGGACCUGGAGGCACAGAUCAUGGACCUGCACUCCCUCUUCAUCCAGCUGGAGCUGCUGGUGUCGGAGCAGGAGGGUGUGAUCAACAGCAUCGAGUACAAUGUCCUGAACACCAUGGACUACAUCUCACAGUCCAACCAGCAGGUGAAGAAAGCCCUGAAGUACCAGAGACAGUCCCGCAUGGCUGCCACCAUAUCUGCAGUGCUGGGCCUCUGUGCAUGCUGUACCUGCCUGUCCUGCAUUUCCGGAGCCGUGCGGUGACAUCGCUGGGAGGACUAAACCUCACAUCCCAGGUUAUAUCAGAGCUGGAGCGUUAUACGAGGAGCGGCUGAUCUCUGGAGAUAUGUGGGGGGAGGGGAGGGAGCUGCACCUGCUACUCAUCACAUUGAUGGACACUGCAGCCUCUCCCCGGCCUGAA